CAACGUGAUGGGUGACACCGCCGCGGAAGAUAUAAAAAACCUAAAUAUUAACGAAAAGGCAGGAUUUUAAACAAUUUAUUUAGUCACAGUUUGUAUUUCUGUGGUUCAUUUAAGUGAUGCUAAAAUUGCUCGGCCUCCGCGGACGUUGCGUAGUUCGUUUGAAGGAGACCUAUGCCACAUGGUCAAAGACUAAAGCAAUGAAAGAAAAAAAGAAGAAAACUGAAGAGUCUGGUUCAGUGUCAGAGCUGAAUCCAUGGCCGGAGUAUAUCCAGAAGAGAAUUACACUAUGGGAUAAAUAUAAGGCUCAAUAUGUAGAGGAGUUGGCACAAAAACCGGAACUCAGCAUUGUUGUAACUCUGCCCGAUGGGAAGACGGUAGAAGCCAAGGCUUGGAGAACCACACCUUAUGAUGUCGCUAAGGGCAUCAGCCAGGGCCUGGCGGACUCCACCAUCAUUGCGCGCGUCAACAAUGAGCUGUGGGACCUCGACCGUCCUCUGGAAGGUGACUGCAAAUUGGAGCUGCUGCGCUGGGACAACACAGACGCUCAGGCUGUGUUCUGGCACUCGUCAGCACAUAUGUUAGGCGAGGCUUUGGAAAGGGUAUACGGUGGUUGUCUAUGCUAUGGUCCACCAAUUGAGGAAGGUUUCUACUAUGAUAUGUAUUAUCCAGAGAAAGGGAUCUCAUCAGGUGAUUUCCACGUACUCGAAGGCUUAAUAAAGAAGAUAGCGAAAGAGAAGCAGCCUUUCGAACGUUUGGAGCUGACUAAGGAACAGCUCCUGGAAAUGUUCGGUUACAAUCAAUUCAAAGUGCGGAUACUGAACGAGAAGGUGAAUACACCGACCACCACCGUGUACAGAUGUGGCCCGCUGAUUGAUCUGUGUAGGGGACCACAUGUUCGACACACUGGGAAGGUCAAAGCUGUCAAGGUUACAAAAAACUCUGCAACAUACUGGGAAGGCAAAGCGGAUGCGGAAAGCCUACAACGAGUGUACGGCGUUUCAUUUCCAGAGCCCAAACAGUUGAAAGAAUGGGAAGUGAUACAGGAAGAAGCAGCUAAGAGGGAUCACAGAAAAAUUGGCAGGGAACAAGAGCUAUACUUCUUCCACGAGCUGUCGCCUGGGUCGUGCUUCUUUCAACCACGCGGAGCCCACAUAUACAACACUCUCAUUAACUUCAUACGAGAUCAAUACAGAGUUCGCGGAUUUCAGGAAGUAGUGACCCCAAAUAUGUAUAACGCGAAGUUAUGGCAGACGUCCGGCCACUGGGCGCACUAUGCAGACAACAUGUUCUCAUUCGACGUGGAGAAAGAGACCUUCGCGCUGAAGCCUAUGAACUGUCCUGGUCACUGCUUGAUGUUCGACAACCGCACACGGUCGUGGCGCGAGCUGCCGCUGCGGAUGGCAGACUUCGGAGUGUUGCAUCGCAACGAGCUCAGCGGCGCGCUCACCGGACUCACGCGCGUCAGGCGCUUCCAGCAGGACGACGCGCACAUCUUCUGUACGCCCCAACACAUCGAGCAGGAGAUCUUUGCAUGUCUGGAAUUCCUGGAGCAUGUGUACUCGACCUUCGGAUUCACAUUCCAAUUGAAGCUUUCGACCCGUCCUGAGAAGUACCUCGGCGAUUUAGCAACGUGGGACCAAGCUGAAAAGGCUCUGGCUGACUCCCUAAACAAGUUUGGCAAACCUUGGCAAUUGAACCCCGAGGAUGGUGCAUUCUACGGACCUAAGAUCGACAUCACUAUACAGGAUGCUCUGCGACGUUCGCACCAGUGCGCUACUAUACAGCUCGACUUCCAACUACCAGAGAGGUUCAAUCUCACAUACGUUAGUGAGAGUGGCGAGAAGAAGAGGCCUGUGAUCAUCCAUCGUGCUGUUCUCGGUUCUGUGGAGCGGAUGAUGGCCAUCCUCAGCGAGUCCUACGCCGGGAAGUGGCCGUUCUGGCUCAGUCCGCGCCAGGUCUGCGUCGUGCCCGUCGGUCCCGCGUUCGAUGAUUACGCUGUACAGGUGAAUAAGCAACUAUAUGAGGCUGGAUUUAUGUCUGAAGUGGACACGGACGCUGGCGAUACACUCAACAAGAAAGUGAGGAACGCGCAACUAGCGCAGUUCAAUUAUAUACUCGUUGUGGGCGAACGGGAGAAAAGCUCUGGCACAGUGAACGUACGCACGCGAGAUAACAAAGUGCACGGCGAGAUGUCCGUAGAAGGGCUUAUACAGCAUCUGAACGCGCUCGUCCGAGAUAAGACCCCAUCAGAGGACAGUCAACUACUCAAAUAGUCUACACUACACUUUUCCUAUUUAUUUUUAUGACAAAACACACGUUUAAAAAUAUAUUGCACAGAACGAUUUCAAUAAAUGGUUUUAAGAGAGGGGGGAUUGUUAAUGGUGGCCUUUGCUCAUAGAUUGAUGAUGAAUGAUUGAAUUGCCGAUAUUCGAUAUUAUUCCUACAAUCAAAAUAUUUCUUAAGAAUAAUAGGAAUAAGAAUAAGAAUAAUUAUUCUUAUUUUGUAGUUUAUUUGUUCUUAUUUCAUUUUUUAUUACUAAGCUAAACUUUGUACAGUUAUUUCGUUUGUUUUAUACCACAAUGGUGGCAAACAAGCCUACG